AUGGCCAGCUGCUUUGGAACUCGGCCCCUUUCGGGCUGGGAAAAAGCAUUGAGACCGCCUGUUACACGUGCAAGAGCUGCUAAGGCGGAAGGAAAAGUGCGGCCCGUAAGUGCCGUGUGUCGAAGCAAACGGCUUUGCACUUUGCCGUUGCUGCAAGCUUCACGUAACUUGGAGGUCAUGGAGAGAUACCUCAAGUACCGGUGGACUGAUCACGUGCCAUCCUUGAAAGAGCCUCCAGAAGGCCCUCAUGCCAUCGCCGCCAUGCGCCUCCUCUGCAUGGCACAGGCAAACGGGCGAACGGUGGUGGACGCCUUCAACCUCGAGUUGCCACAGGAGGACAAGGAAGUCUUGAGUGUGGAGAUGUCGCGAACGGGCUGUGCAGGCCAGUCCUUCUCUCCAACCUUGGUGCCCAAGGAGAUCCUGUCGAAACCGGCCGGACCGGCCUUCGUCAUCUACUACGGCCCAGCAUUCCUGCAAGCCUUAGGUUCGGACUCGGCAGUGCUACGUUUGCGGAUAUUGGCGGAGAUCUACCGCUGCUCACGGGAGCUCUGGCCAGAGUCCGCCGCCGCUGUGGCGACCUCUGUGCACGUCCGCAUUGACACAGUCAAGGGCUUGAAAGUCGCGGAGAUUCUCGACGUGUCGAAAGGAGAGCUGUGGCUCGUCACCAAGCACAAUGAGAGCGAGGCUUUCGUGGAGCGGGCUUCUCACAGAAAGCUCAACAAGUUUGUGAGAAACGGCCAGAAGUUCCAAAUCCUCGACUUGGGUUUCCUGCGCGAGAGUCACAAACAGUGA